GCGAACAAAUUUCAAAUUAUGAAAUCAGCGUUACGGAACGCUUACUACUUCACUCUCUCUCGCUACUCCUUAAACCCUAACCCCUCACUUCUUCACAUCGUUCCCUUCAUUUCCACUUUUCCUUCGCUUCCCUCUGUCCUUUCCAGAAACCAUCCCUUUCGUUCCCCUCUCUGCGCCACUCUCAUGACCGGCGGUGAUUCCGACUCGCCGCAAACCUCUCCUUCUCUGGAGAAACAGUUCGAGAAGUUCCGAGUCCAGCUUGAAGAUUCUGGCAGCUUACGGGAACGCAUACGCGCCGUCGUUCUGGAAAUCGAGUCGGCGACUCGGCUCAUGCAAGCUAGCCUCCUCCUCGUUCACCAAUCUAAACCAAUUCCCGAGGUUUUGCAGAAGGCAAAUUCUCAGAUUAACGUACUAAAGGAUCUUUACAAUAAACUUGCUGAAGUUGUUAGGGAAUGCCCUGGACAGUAUUACAGGUAUCAUGGGGAUUGGAGGAGUGAAACUCAAAUGGUAGUUUCUUUGCUUGCCUUUAUGCAUUGGUUGGAAACUGGAAAUCUGCUUAUGCAUACUGAAGCUGAGGAAAAACUUGGAUUGAACAAUUCGGAUUUUGCUUUAGACCUGGAGGAUUAUCUUGUUGGUGUUUGUUUCAUGUCAAAUGAAAUGCCGAGAUAUGUGGUGAAUCAAGUGACAGCUGGUGACUAUGAUUGUCCAAGAAAGGUGUUGAAGUUCUUGACAGAUCUUCAUGCUGCCUUUCGCAUGCUUAAUCUCCGUAAUGAUUUCCUGCGCAAGAAGUUUGAUAGUAUGAAGUACGACCUAAGAAGAGUUGAAGAGGUCUAUUAUGAUGUUAAGAUUCGAGGCUUAGCAACCACCGGGGAUUCUGUUGGAGAUCAAGGAGCCCAAAAGAUAUGAUAGGUUACAGGAGUGGUACAUACAACUACUAGGUUAUCUCUUUCAUUUUCUUAACUGCAAUUUCUCAAGGGAGUUUUUAUCCUUCAAUGCAUGGUUUAAAGCCAAAAUUUGCUACUUGAACAAAGGAAAGAGGUUUCAAUAAAAAAGUUGUAAUAGAGAAUAGUUGGCAAUCUAUCCUUUUUUAAUUUCUUA